AUGGAACCGACUCUCUUUUAUCACCUCUGCUUGUUGCAAACACUAAUAGUUACACUAGUUCCACAUUUUUGAUUCAUGAGGAGAAUAUCAAUAGCAAGUUAGCAUCUAGAAGCUCAGGUUGUUCAUUGUCAAGGCAGAAUGAUGCGAUGCUGUUACAACAUGAUCCCUCAAUGUCCCGUAAGCAUAUCCAGGAGACACAAAGUAAGUCUGGAGUUGGAUUGUUUCCAAACCAGAGCACUUCCUUAGAGGCCCCCAGACAUGAAAAAGAAUAUCGUGAAUAUUAUUCAGCCCCAAGCCUUCAACAUGCUGUUUGUAACACAGAGACCAUGAGAAUAUGUGCUGCUGUUGAUGCUGAGAAAGAAUCAUCUGGAUGUCUUCACAUGACAACCCCUUUUCCAAGAAAGACUGGUGGUAACUUGUCUGAAGAAGGUCACAUUUUUGGAGACACAACCGUAUCAACAAAAUUGAAAGGAAAAGCUUUCUGUGAGCUCCUUGUUUCCCCAGAGCAUGCUUUCCCUGUUCAGACCGAAUUGAAAUUGCUACCAUACAGGAGCGCUACAGACAGUGAAGAGGAAGAUGUAAGAGAUGGCAAGCGUCAUGCAAAUAAUUUGGACAAUGAAUCAUCAUCUGAAACUGAUACUAUGGACAUGGAUGUCUUCCAAUUCCAGGAUAACUUUCUUCUUGGUCUGGGUUCAUCACCAACGAAUGAGCAUACUCAGGGGGGCCAGAAGUCACCGACAUCUCAAUCUGCUUUUACUUCAGCUAGAGAAGAGGUCAGAGGUAGACGUCCGUUCACCAAAUUACCUGAUAUGAACGAAGAGCUUCCAGAGCUUGCAGGUUAUGCAAGCUUAGCUGAUGAAAGAGAGACAAGCACUUCAAGAACCCAAAGUUUGGAUGUGGAACAUCUCCUUUCCCAUGCUGAGCAGCCCACAAAUUCAAAAUCCAGUAGAAGUGAAGAUGGCCCUCAGGGACUAGAUCCGAAUUUCAGGUGGGUUAAACGCCUCAAGUUGAAUGCUUCUUACUUUGCUUAUGGUACAAGAAGCACUAAAAUGGGGGAGGCCUCUUCCCAUGAAAAGGUUAAUGCAGUUUUUAAGGAAAAUAUGAAAUGCAGUGCAACUAAUUCACAGCCUGCUGUGGGUAGAUUUCAUGGUAGGCAACAGAUGGCAUUAGAUGAAACUCCAAUGUCAUUAAGGACUGGUGAGUCGUCUUCCAGUGAUUCAGUGAGGACUAGUAGGGCAAAUGAAAAUAUACCACUCUCGCAUCCUUGGAUUAGGAGGUGGUCCCAUAAAGUAUUUGCACCCAACAAGAAUUCUGAAGCUGCGGUGGUUUCUCAACCUCAAAGUCCAAAGGCAAGAUUUGAUCAAUUUCAGAAAAAAAAGUUUCCAAGCAUUGCUGCUAUGGCACUUAUGGGGAAGGCCAUGAAUGGUUUCAAUCCAUGUGAGUUUGCAAAAAAGGGGUCUUUUGUGGUCUGGAAUACGAAGGGAUUUUAAAUAUUGAAGUUGUUCUUUGGAAACAAGUGUAUGCUACACCCACAAAGAAUGGGAUGCUCAUAAUUGAAGUGAUGGCUGAUUAUGGGUUGACGAUUCUGUGCAUCUGCAAGAAUCAAUUGAGUAAGCUAAAUGUGGAGUUAUAGUUACGGAUAUUGCAUUGGUAUGUAUCACUUGCAAUCUUGGUUUGUUUUCUAGAUAGAGUAGGUGGUAGGUGGAAUUUAAGAGGAGCCGUGAUAACCUCUU